GGACCAAAUACUCGCGCAGGCCCUGUAGCGGGAGACGAAGCGAGCUGAUCGCCUCAGAGUCGAGAAGCGGCGACCGCAUACGAGCGCACAGCCCCGCCCGGAACAGCCUCACCUACGGUGCCGCCGGCGACUUCAUUCCACCCCGGAGCUCAUUUACAUGGACACAGGCGGAGUGCCCCCUCAGCACCUCAUUGGUUCCCAGGUGUGUAGGCACUGCGCCCCCUUGUGGACACGCCCCCACAGAGUCAAAGUUACUGAUCCCAUGGCAACUGAUGUUUCUAAUAGUCCAAGUCUGUGACUUUGCCCAGACAUCAUUCAGUUCUGGCAAGUGGAAUGAACUUAGGAUGUCAGCCAAGACUUUUUGGGGGAUUCUUGCUCUGCUCCGAAUUUUCUGGUGUCUUCUUCCUCAGACAGGUUACCUUCAUCCUGAUGAAUUCUUCCAAUCACCUGAGGUCAUGGCAGGAGAUAUUUUAGACCUACAAGUCUAUUAUCCCUGGGAAUUCCUUUCCAGUUCUCCUUGUAGAACAGUUGUGUUCCCAUUAAUUACAUCUGGCAUUACCUACUGGAUGAUCAAGUCUUUGCAACGGCUGGGCAUGUGGUCAAAUGGCAUCAACAGCUACACCCUUCUUGUGUCACCUCGCCUUCUCCUCACCACCUUUUCUUUCAUACUUGACUAUAGCGUGUAUCGGCUAGCUCCUUUCUGGGGUGCAGAUCGGUGGAACGCCCUGGUUCUGCUUGCUGGGUCCUAUGUCACACUAGUAUUUUACACGAGAACAUUUACUAACACACUUGAAGGACUUCUGUUUGCCCUGCUGAUGGUACUAGUAUCUCCAAAAGCAGUUGGUUAUGGAACAGACAUCAGCCAGGCGAAACCUACCAGUAGCAGUCUCAUAGGGAUUAUAACAGUUGCUGGGUUUUUCAACAGGCCAACUUUUCUGGCAUUUGCUUUAAUGCCACUGCUUUACUGGGCAGUUUUAAAUGCCACUUCUCAGCACAGCAUUAAAACUAUUGCAAACCACCUCUUGAAGCUUGUUUCAAGCACAGCUUUCACUGCCAUCAUCUUCACAGCAGCUGACACAUUAUAUUUUACCUCCAUUGGAUCAGAGAUUAGCCUAUACAGCAUUAAAAAGAAUGGCCUGUUAAGCACCAUAGCUCAAAUAAAUCAGAAUGUAAUAGUGACCCCUUUUAAUUUUCUCCGCUAUAAUCUUAAUCCCCAUAAUCUUGCACAGCAUGGGAUUCACCCAAGAUUAACUCAUUUUGCAGUCAAUGGGAUAAUGCUCUUUGGGAUCCUGCACAUUCUGGCUAUCAGUGUUGGUUUGAAAAUGCUGAAAAUAAACAUCCAUCAAUUAUCAUGGAUCAGACUACAUAAUCAUAGGCCACCUACAAUGUUGGUGCUUGCCAAGGGCAAUCCAACAUUAUUAUUAUUCUAUUUUGUUCCUUUGGCAUUCCUUUCCCUGUUCAACCACCAAGAACCUCGAUUCCUCAUUCCUCUUAUUUUACCACUAGUCCUAUUGAUCACACCGCAGAAUAGAACCCUGAAGUGGAAACCCAUCAUUAUUAUUUUCAAUGUUCUUGGUGCCCUUUUGUUUGGGUGCUUACACCAGGGAGGGCUGAUCCCAUGCCUGUCUCAUUUAGAACAGCUCAUACAUUCUACAGAGUCCCUGAACCAUCCAGCACACUAUACUCUACUCUUUGCUCACACCUAUAUGCCUCCCAGGUUUCUGCUCAGUAUCAAUAAGAGAGACCCACUAGUAGAAAUAAUUGAUAUGGCUGGAACUGAACAAAACACCCUCUGCCAAACUCUGGGACAAUUAGCAAACAACAUUGCCUGUGGGACUAGAGAGACUGAUAAAGAAAGAACUUGUCAUUUUUUUGUUAUAACCCCCGGUACAGUCAGAACAACAAUACAAAAAUGUGGGGUUCUGUUCAAGAAUGAGACAUUAAUAUUUCCACACUUGACAAUGGAAGAUCCACCACAAAUAUCCUUUCUAUUCAGUGAAAAAUGGAGAAGUCAGUUAGGACUAUACAUCCUUCAGAUAGACAGAAAUGAACAGAGCAUUUAGUUAUUAGAGGAUUUAUGUUUCACUUUUUAAUUUUAUUUAGUUCUGGUGAAAGUUGCUCGAUCAACAGUCCUGGAGAUUGAUGUUCUCUCCCUUUAUUCACAGACACAAGUACAGCACAAGCAGUGGGAGUGCAAACUUCCCCAUAUUGUCCCCCCACUAUUACCCUCAGCAGUGUUCCUCAGCCCUAUUCUGGAUGGAUGCUAUCUAAGUGUGAGGUCGUUCAAUCUCCAGCAUUGUUUUUACACCAGGAUAAUUUUCCUGCUGGGAGAGGACAAAAUCAGAGAAAAAAGGCUGAAGUUCUUUCUCUCCACAAAACUUUCCAGAUGGUUUUGGGUCAGCUCUUCUUGUGUCAAGUAUAUUGUUUUGUUUUGUUUUUUUUCUUUUAUUAUAUCUCUUUAGAUUAUACUUCUUAUUUAUAUGCAUUAAUGCUGCAGUAAAGCAUUCAGGGCCUCCUCCCAGUAGUUACAGUAGGCUCCAGUCAUGAUAUAGAAUUCAUUUUUAUGAGCACCUCUGUUACAGGAUGGUGCAUGAUCAGAUAUAUCCUCUCAAGGGAUUGUAUCAUGUCCUUGAAAAGGGAGUGGGAUUAGUUUCAUUGUCUAGUAACGUCUAAUGUUUUAUCACUAGCAAGUCAGAUCCUAGGAAUGGAAGCCCCAGGUUCAAUCCCCAAACCAGCCACUGCUUAGUCUUACUGUUCAUUUAUCUUUUCCUGCUACAAGGCCAUUUAUUUGUGGAAACAGUAUAUUUUAAAUUGCCUUUCUAUUAGGAGUGGAUCUGAACCUGAACCCAUAGAUCCCUGAACUACAGCGAGGGGAAUUGCAGAAGUUGAACCAAGAUCUGGACAUAAAUUUCACAGGUGACCUCCUUUGGAUAUAGGAGUUUGGUUCUGGCCAUUAUGGACAAACACUUCCAGACUUUGGGGAAAUAUUAAUCCUGAUCCAAACCUUAUAGGUCAAGCCUGUCUCUUUCAGAUGAACCUGCCAAUGAUAAAUGGGACUUGUUCAAAUGCCAGUCAUACUACACGAAGGGCUUGGUACAUACAGUUUCAGAUUUUAAAUGCCAAUUUUACAAGCAGACCAAAUAAUGGACUAUGAAGAUAGUUUAUGGGGCCAAGUUAUAAAAGGAAAUCAAGACCAAGUCCCAAUAUGAAGAAUUUAUCAUUGUUUGCCAAAUUUCACAGAAAUUCACAGAAGAUGAUGUCCAUGCUUGGCAUUCUGAUCAAUGUAAAUAGUUUUUGGUCUCUGCAAAGCACUUUAUACUGGGGGGGAAGCUGUUUUUCCUAAUUGUGGAAAUGCAUGUAGGUUAUGUGUAUUUGUUUGCUUUGCUGUUUUAUGUAACAUUAGAAGAAGUUAUGAAAACACCUUGAUACUGUACCAAAUGUAUUUUUCAGGUUAAUUCUAUUGUUUUCUAUGCUGCUACACAUUUCUGGAAACAAUCCUGUUCCAUGUGUUUUGUGUUAUAGUUGGUGGGGUGUUGUAUUGACUUUUCAGAACCAUGUUUAAUAUUUCAGACCUUCCUUGGUGUUCAUAGCAGAAUUCAGUGAAGGCUCUUAGUAAAGAACUGUACUUCUUUUUUGUAUCUUGGAAUGUAUAUAACCUCCAUCACCAUAGUAUCUGAAAGUCUUAUAGCUCUCAUUUGAUGUAGUGAACUAUUAUUCUCCAUGGUACACUGAGAUCGUGUGGCUUUUCUAUGGUCACAGAGGCAGCCUAUGGUGGAUCCAAGAACAGAACCUGGCUCUCCUGAGUGCCAAUCCAUCUCCUUAAUCUCAAACCCAUCUUUCCUCUCUUACCAGGUAGAUCUUUGCUGUUUAUACGUGGGCCCGUAUACCUUGCAUAUCUAAAACGCUUACUGACAUCAAGUGGACUUUUUAGGUGUGCAAAGGAUGUAGGACGUGCCUCUAUGUGUGUCAGAUUUAAUCUUAUUUCAAUAGCGCUCUUCAUCCUCAAGCAUACAAAAUGUUAUACAAAUUAAGUAUACACACAUGAAAUUCAGCUACUACUGUAAUGGACCAUGAUUACUCUUCAGCACAUAGCAACAUUACACAAGUUAAAAGUAGGCAGUGAGAAAUACCAUCUCCAACUGAAACUGCAUGGGGGGAAAUGAGGUUAAUAGACCUCUGUAUUAUGAUGUAUUGCCCAUUAAGAUAGUAACAUACCGUUUUAGAUAAUUCUUUCAAAUAGCACAUUCUGAGGGCUAUUUUAAUACUGAAGUUUCUUUCUGCCCCCACCACAGCCAGGGACUUGCUCUGGGCAAGUUAUUUAAUCUUUCUGUGACUCAUUUUACCUAUCAGUAAAGUGGGGUUAAUACUUACCCCACCCAACAGUGUAAAGUUCUUUGAGAUCUUCAGAUGAAAGGGGCACUAUAAAUGUAAAGUAUUACUACUCUAUAUAAGAUGCCUGCUGUGACAGAUAUGGCAAUUUACUGCAAUAUCUUUAGAAGAUCUUACUGUAUUAAGUAUAUGUAACAUUGUGGGCCAGACACUGUAUGUAAUUCCAUGGGGGUGGGCGAACACAGCUUCUCCAGGAACUAAGAACAGUGUGGGUGAUUUGGAAAAUUUACGCAGGUUGUAACAUCUCCAGCGUUACCACCACUUGGAGAGGCUCACAUAUAUUGAUUCAAACUGGAUUCUCUAGAGACCAACAGACAAAGUGUAGACUUUUAGAUAAAUAGCCUGAAUUUAAACUGACUUGGGGCCUUCUUUCUGAUCCAGCAAACUGAUUGUGGGGAAAGAACAAUUGCAUUCUGCCAAUAAAUUGCAUAUCUUAUUUUACUCUUUCAUGCAUAUUGUGGGGAUAAUAAAAGAAUUAAAGUUAGCUUAAGUCUGGUUAAGAAAAUAAUAUACACCUCUACCCCGAUAUAACGUGACCCGAUAUAACACAAAUUCAGA